AUGGGUGACAUAACCAUUGGAGAGAUUACAACACAGUUUGACUUCCUAUUUGAAACGAUAUCCUUCCUUGAGCACCCCCAAACCAAUCUUGAAAAUGAACUCAUUGCAAUGACAAAAAACUACCAGCAUGUCCUUUCACUGGUACUUGCUGUGAAGCAAAUCAAUGAGAACCCUAAUAUCCUACCAAAUUUGAGCCUGGGGUUCAACAUCUAUGAUACUUACCUGAGUGCAAGGAUGGCACAUCAAAAUACCUUGAAGCUUCUCUCCACUGAAAAUACAAUUGUUCCCAAUUACAACUGUGACCGGCCAAGUAAUAUGAAAGCCGUAAUUGGGGGACACAAUGCUGAAAUCUCUCUUCAUAUGGCUACUCUCUUAGGCAUCUACAAACUUCCACAGCUCCACCCUUUCUUGAAAAGCCUCUCCUUUAACAAUAUUGCUGGUGACUUAGUGUCUUUUGAUGAGAAUGGUGAAUUAGCAGCUGAAUUUGAUGUUAUAAACUGGGUUACUCUUCCAAACAAUUCAUUCUUAAGAGUAAAAGUGCUGCCUAUUGCCCUGUGUAAUGACAAAUGCAAUCCAGGUUAUAGAAGGAAAAAGAAAGAGGGAGAACUGUUUUGUUGCUAUGAUUGUGUUUCAUGUCCAGAUGGGAAGAUUUCUGAUCAGAAGGAUAUGGAUAGCUGCUUCCAGUGUCAAGAACAUAAAUUUCCAAACAGGAACAGAGAUCAAUGCUUUCUCAAGGUCAUAACAUUCUUCUCCUUCACAGAGCCUUUGGGUAUCACUUUAAUUUUUGUAGUGCUGUUUUUUGCUUUAAUCACAAUUCUGGUGCUAGGGAUUUUCAUCAAGAACCAGGACACCCCCAUAGUGAAAGCCAAUAACUGGUAUCUCACCUAUUGUCUCCUCUGCUCACUAUUGUUCUGUUUCCUCUGCUCUUUGUUGUUCUUUAGUCAGCCUCACACUGUGACAUGCUACUUACAACAAGUUGCUUUUGGCAUCAUCUUUGCAGUGGCAGUUUCUUGCAUUCUGGCAAAAACCAUCACAGUGGUUCUGGCUUUCAUGGCUACCAAGCCAGGAUCUAGGAUGAGCAACUGGGUGGGGAAAAGACUGACCACUUUUAUUAUGUUUGGUUGUUCUUUUAUCCAAGCCAUUAUUUGCACUAUUUGGCUAAGUACUGCUCCUCCAUUCCCACAUUUUGACAUGCACUCUCUGCCUGAGGAAAUCAUCCUGGAAUGCAAUGCAGGCUCAACCACUCUGUUCUACUGUGUCCUGGGGUACCUGGGACUGCUGGCGAUUGUCAGUUUCAGUGUGGCUUUCCUAGCCAGGAAGUUGCCAGAUGCUUUCAAUGAAGCCAAGUUCAUCACUUUCAGCAUGCUGGUCUUUUGCAGUGUUUGGCUCUCUUUUGUUCCUUCUUAUGUAAGCACCAAGGGGAAAUACAUGGUAGCUGUGGAGAUCUUCUCUAUCUUAGCUUCUAGUGCAGGAUUGCUGACUUGCAUCUUUUUCCCCAAAUGCUACAUUAUUGUGCUGAGACCUGAGCUGAACAAUAGAGGACAGUUAAUCAGAAGAAAAUGA